AUGAUACUUCCAGAAGAUUGCAUAAAAGAAAUUUUGGAACAUCUUGCAGAAGAUAAAAAGUCAUUAUAUAAAUGUCUAUUCGCAAAUAGAUUAUUUUGUAAAUGUGUCGUACCAAUAUUAUGGAGAGAUCCAUGGUCAGAAUACUUUUCUAGAGAAAGCUUUUGGACAAGAGAUCCAUGGUCUGAAUACUUUUCUAGAACAAACUAUUGGACAAUUCUUGGAAAAACGAUAAUCAAAUGUUUUCCACGAGAAAUCAAACAAUCCCUUUCAAAAAAAAUUUUUUUGAACCCUUCAUUAUUGCAACAACCUUUAUUCAUCUACGUUUCUUAUAUUCAAUCCAUCUCUGAAAGUGCAAUAGAUACAUUAAAUGAAAAUGUAUUCGAAGAUUACGGUAGACGUUAUUUUCAAUUAUUAAAAGAUGAAUUUUGGUCAUUAUUCAUGAAACAAUGUUUUAAGAUCAAAUUUCUUUGUUUACCAACCAUGAACCUUUUCAAAUAUCCCGGAUCAAGAAAUUUUUUAUCAUCCCUUUCCACCUUAGAGUGUUAUCCAAAUACCUCUCCAGCAAUUUUUAUUGAAUUAUCAAAAAAUGUUCACACAUUGAAACGACUUGUAAUCUCAGUUAAUCAUCAUAAUCUUAAAUAUAUUGAAACUCUCAUUCUAUCACAAAAAAAUUUAGAAGAAUUAUCAUUUAGUUCUUAUAAAUAUCCAUUCCCUUUUAGAACUUUUAGAAAAAUUAUAUAUGGUUCUGGUAAAUAUCCAAUCCUUUUUAAAAAUCAAAAUACUAUUGGCCGACUUUCUCAAUCCUUAAGAGUUCUUGAAUUUUAUAGACAAAUUUGUUUACCCUCACAAAAUAUUUCUUCUUUUAUCAAUUUAACUGAAUUAUCAAUUAAUUACAGCUCAGCACCCCCAUUAAAUGAGGAAAAUGAUAAAAUAUUAGAACAUGUUUCUUUGCCAAAACUUGAAAUUCUUACUUUGAAGAAUGUUAAUAGGAACAAUUUAGAUAUUUACGCCAAAUUAAUAGAUAAUACGAGAAAUUCUCUCAAGGUCAUUGAUAUUUAUUUCAACGAGGAUAAUCCAAUGUUAUCAUUAGAAUCCAUUGAAUAUUAUCUAAAUGUAAUCAAGACGAAAUGUCCAGACAUUGAGAUUUUACCGAUAUGGUUAAUUCCUGAGAUUCCUUUAAGUAUUCUCGAGUGUUUAUUAGAAUCAUGUUCAAAGGUUAAAAAGAUAAUUAUUUACAUCUUAAACUCGAAUUCACUUUUAGAUACAGUAUUGGCGAAACCAAUUUUAUAUUUAUUGGCUUUAAAAUCGUCAAUGAUGUUAAAUGAUAUUCGUUUGAUUGGAAGGUGGAGCUUUUCUAAUUUAGAUAUCCAAGAAUUUUUUGAGUUAUGGAAAGGAAUGAAAAGAACCCCUUUGAAAUUUAAGUUUGAUAAUAAUAUUUUUUCCCAAUAUAUUAUUAAAAUAUGCGAAUUUUAUCAUCGACAAGGUAUCAUUAAUCGUGGUAUUAUCAAUUACACUACACCAUAUAAAUAUUGUUAG